AUUGAGGCGCAUGAGGCUGGGGCACAACAGUGCGUUUGGUUUUGCUCACUCUCGUAAUUGGCUUCCUAAAACCCUAAAACAACAAACCAUCCGCCAUAGUCCAUACAACACACUAUCACCCCAACCUAACUUACAUCUCUAAAUCCAUAUCGAUAAAGCAAAGAUCUUAGAACAUUUCACUGACGUUUGUAAGCUGGAUCAUCUUCAAAAUUAUAUUGGAUUGAAAAGGAUCAGUUAUUUGAUUGUCGAGUUCAAUGGAGCCGUGGGUUUCACUUGCAUCUUCAAUCCCGACUUCAUCUACAAAGAAGCGGAUUCGGAUCUUUCGCAACGAGAUUCCUUCUAUCUUACUUAAUUCAGAGAUGUCAUCAGAUUCAGCAUCACAACUGGUGGAUUUAAUAUUCAUGACAUUGUAUAUCUAUGAUGACCGAGGGUCAAGGAAAGCCGUGGAUGAUUUAAUCAUAAAAUCUUUAAGUGAGGUUGUAUUUAUGAAAACAUUUGCAGCAGCUCUUGUGCAAGCCAUGGAUAAACAGUUGAAGGUUCAGUCUCAUGUUGGCUGCUCUAGACUUAUGAGCUGGUCAUGCAUCCUUCUUUGUAAAACUCAGUUUAUCUCCGCAUCAAAGAAUGCAUUUAGCAGAGUUUCAGCAGCACAAGCCUCACUUCUUCAAAUUAGCAUACAAGGGUCUUCUCAUGAACGCAGGGCUUGCAGAAAAGCUUUUAUUCAUUCCUUUUUAGAGUCGCCUGAUAUUUUCAGUCUGUACAUGGAGGAACUAAAAGGUGGAAGAAUCUCAUAUAAAAAUUGUCCAGAGAUGCUAUGUGUAAUGUUGGAUUUUUCAACUUCAAAACCAUCACUGUUUGAUCAAUGGAAGCCAGUGUAUCUUGAUAUGUAUGUGCAAUCAGUUCUGAAUGCAAAGGAUAAGCCUUCAAAAUCCCUAAGUGAAGCAUUCCGUUCAUUAUAUUUCCGUUUCUCACACGAAGAUUUUAAGAAUGUCAUUGUUCCUUCAUCUGUGAAGAUGCUAAAAAGGAACCCUGAGCUUGUUUUGGAAUCCAUUGGGGUUCUUUUGAGACAUGUUAACCUGGAUUUGAGUAAGUAUGCUGUCGAGAUUCUAUCAGUGGUAUUAUCACAAGCUCGCCAUGCUGAUGAAGGAAGAAGAGUUGCUGCAUUGGAUAUUGUCAGAUGUUUAAGUCAAAAGUCAAGUAAUCCAGAUGCUGCUGAGUCAAUGUUUGGUUCUGUGAAAUCUAUAAUUGGAGGGUCUGAAGGAAGACUCGCUUUUCCAUACCAGAGAGUUGGCAUGAUAAAUGCCAUUCAGGAAUUGUCUACAUGUCCUGAAGGGAAAUAUCUUAGUAAUUUGUCUCAAUCUGUAUGUGGACUUCUUUUGACCACUUACAAGGAUGAUGGAAAUGAGGAGGUAAAGCUUGCAUGUUUGACUGCCUUAGCUUCUUGGGUUGCAAGAUCUACAGAUGCUAUUAGGCCAGAAGUUGUUUCAUUUAUUGCAUCAGGUCUCAAGGAGAAGGAAUCACUAAGAAGAGGUUAUCUUCGAUGCCUACGAGUCAUAUGUAAAAAUGCUGAUGCAGUUUUGACUAUAUCUUCUUUGCUCGUGCCUCUUAUACAGCUGGUAAAAACUGGUUUUACCAAAGCAGCACAACGAUUGGAUGGCAUUUAUGCGUUACUCAUUGUGAUGAAAAUCGCAGCUGCUGAUAUAAAAGCAGAUGAAACUGUGUCGAAGGAAAAGGUCUUGUCUUUGAUUUCACAGAAUGAACCUUCAGUUGUCCCUGUAGCUAUGGUUUCAAAACUAUCAGUGGAGGACUGUGAAACAUCUAUUGAGUUGCUUGAGACACUCUUUAUGGAUCAUGCUCACAGAGUUUUUGAGACUCUUAAUGUGAGAUCACUCAUGCAGCUUUUACUUACGUUUCUGUGUCACUCAAGUUGGGAUGUACGCAGAGCAGCUUAUGGUUGUACCAAAAAGAUUCUAUCUGCUGCUCCAAAACUAUUUGAGACACUUCUAGUUGAAUAUUCAGAGCACCUCACGGUUGUUGGGGAAAAAGUAUUAGCAAAGUUAAGUGAAACAGAAAAUUCAUUGGAUGCUCAAGUUGCUUUUGUGCCAUCUGUGGAGGUUUUGGUGAAGGCUUUGAUGAUAAUAUCAUCUGGUGUUAUGACUGCUGCACCUAGUUCCUGCAUACGCCUUAUAUUCUGCUCACAUCACCCAUGCCUAGUUGGCACAGCAAAAAAAGAUGCAGUUUGGAAGAGAUUGCAGAAGUGUUUGCGAGCUUAUGGUUUUGAUGUCAUCGGACAGAUAAUGGCUGAUGUCAGUCGCUUGUGUCAGGGUUUGCUUGGACCAAUGGGGUUGAUGAGUACUAGUCAUUUGGAACAAGAAGCUGCUGUACUUGCUUUGUCAACUUUGAUGACCAUAGCCCCUGCAGAAGUGUAUGCAGAAUUUGAAAAGCACUUGAAAAGUUUCCCUGAUCGGGGUGCACAUGAUUUGCUAUCAGAAAAUGAUAUUCAGAUUUUCCGUACCCCUGAAGGGAUGCUAUCCACUGAGCAAGGCGUUUAUAUUGCAGAGUCUGUAGCUUCUAAUAACUUAAAACAAGCAAAAGGCCGCUUCAAGACUUAUGAGAACAAUGACAACAUGGAAAAUGGCAACUCCAAUUCUUCUGGAAGGCGAGACACUAGUGGUAAAGAGCGAUCUGGUGUGGGGAAGAAGGAUGCAGGGAAACCAACAAAAAAGCCUGAUAAACAGAAGACGUCAAAAGAGGAGGCACGUGAGGUGCAGCUUAAUGAGGAAGCUAAUGUCCGUGAGAAGGUCAUGAAUAUACAGAAGAAUCUUUCCUUGUUACUGAAAGCUUUAGGAGCAAUGGCUAUAGCUAAUCCUGUUUUCACACACAGUGAAUUACUCUCACUGGUCAAGUUUGUGAAUCCAUUACUGCAAUCCCCCAUAGUUAAUGAGGUGGCUUAUGAAACAAUGGUGAAGCUAGCAAAAUGUCUUGCUCCUCCACUUUCUAAUUGGGGGUUAGACAUUGCUACUGUCUUAAGGCUAAUUGCCACAACUGAACCUCAUGUUUCAUGGGAUCAACUUUCAUCACUUGGUGAGGGUGGUCACAGUGACAAGUCAUUGAGUCUGUUUGAGAGAGUAAUGCAUGGAUUAUCUGUAUCAUGCAAAUAUGGCCCCCUUCCAGUCGAUUCUUUUAGUUUCGUUUUUCCGAUAAUGGAGAGAAUACUGUCAUCUCCUAAGAAGACUAAGCUUCAUGGUGAUGUACUUCGGAUACUUUUCCUACAUAUGGACCCAAUAUUACCCCUCCCCAGACUUAAAAUGCUUUCAGUUCUAUAUCACGUGCUUGGGGCAAUACCCUCCUAUCAAGGGUCUGUUGGACCAGCAUUAAAUGAGUUGUGUCUUGGUUUGCAAUCUGAAGAAGUAGCACCUGCUUUAUCUGGUGUUUAUGCGAAAGACCUUCAUGUUAGACUAGCUUGUUUAAAUGCUGCAAAAUGCAUUCCAGCUAUAUCCAGCCGUUCUGUUCCUCAAGAUGUAGAAAUUGCAACCAGCAUUUGGAUCGCCUUACAUGAUCCCGAAAAGUCGGUGGCUGAAGUGGCUGAGGAUUUAUGGGAUCGUUAUGACCAUGAAUUUGGGACCGAUUAUUCUGGACUCUUUAGAGCUCUUUCUCAUGUGAAUUAUAAUGUUCGUGUGGCUGCUUCUGAUGCAUUAGCUGCUGUAUUAGAUGAGUACCCAGAUACUUUACAGGAAUCUCUUGCGACUUUGUUCUCUCUUUAUAUCCGUGAUAGUGGUGUUGGUGAGGAUAUGAUUGAUUCUGGUUGGUUAGGGAGACAAGGGAUUGCAUUGGCUUUACAUGCUGCAGCUGAUGUACUUAGAACCAAAGACCUUCCGGUUGUUAUGACUUUCUUGAUAUCUCGAGCCUUGGCUGAUACCAAUGCUGAUGUUCGAGGAAGGAUGAUUAAUGCUGGUAUCAUGAUCAUUGACAAACAUGGAAAAGAUAACGUCUCACUUUUAUUUCCUAUAUUUGAAAAUUACUUAAACAAAAAGGCCUCGGAUGAAGAGAAAUAUGAUUUGGUACGUGAGGGCGUGGUGAUCUUUACUGGAGCAUUAGCAAAACAUUUGUCUAAGGAUGAUCCUAAGGUCCAUGCUGUUGUAGAGAAGUUGCUGGAGGUGAUUAACACCCCAUCAGAAGCUGUACAGAGGGCAGUCUCAAGCUGCCUGUCUCCAUUGAUGAAAUCGAAGCAAGAAGAUGCAAUGUCACUUGUUACUAGGCUGUUAGAUCAGCUUAUGAAGAGUGAGAAAUAUGGAGAACGUCGUGGAGCAGCUUUUGGACUUGCUGGAGUCAUCAAAGGAUUUGGAAUAUCUAGUUUGAAAAAAUAUGGAGUUGCUACUGUUCUUCGCGAAGGACUUGCAAAUAGGAAUUCUGCCAAAUGUCGCGAAGGAUCUUUGCUGGCAUUUGAGUGCCUUUGUGAAAAGCUUGGGAAAUUGUUCGAACCGUAUGUGAUCUACUUGUUACCGUUGCUUUUAGUUUCGUUCUCUGAUCAAGUUGUUGCUGUUCGGGAAGCUGCUGAAUGUGCUGCUCGUGCUAUGAUGUCUCAACUUACUGCUCAGGGGAUGAAGCUUCUCCUUCCUUCACUUCUCAAGGGUCUUGAAGAUAAAGCUUGGAGGACAAAACAGAGUAGUGUUCAACUUCUUGGGUCUAUGGCAUACUGUGCUCCACAGCAACUUUCUCAAUGUCUACCUAGGAUUGUCCCAAAGUUGACUGAGGUGCUAACUGAUACGCAUCCAAAAGUUCAGUCUGCAGGGCAGACAGCACUCCAGCAGGUUGGUAGUGUGAUAAAGAAUCCUGAAAUCGCCUCCCUUGUGCCAACUCUUUUGCUGGGUCUUACAGACCCUAAUGACCAUACAAAAUAUUCCCUGGAUAUUCUUCUUCAGACAACUUUUAUAAACUCAAUUGAUGCUCCUUCACUUGCCCUUUUGGUGCCCAUUGUUCACCGUGGUUUGAGGGAGAGAAGUGCGGAAACGAAAAAGAAGGCUGCACAAAUUGCUGGCAAUAUGUGUUCACUAGUCACUGACCCAAAGGAUAUGCUUCCUUAUAUAGGAUUGCUUCUUCCUGAAAUUAAGAAGGUAUUAGUGGAUCCAAUUCCUGAAGUUCGAUCUGUAGCAGCCAGAGCUGUUGGGUCUCUGAUAAGAGGAAUGGGAGAAGAGAACUUCCCGGAUCUUGUUCCAUGGUUGCUAGACACACUCAAAUCUGACGGUAGUAAUGUUGAAAGAUCUGGUGCUGCUCAAGGGUUGAGUGAGGUAGUGGCUGCUCUUGGAACUGAGUAUUUUGAACACCUUCUUCCUGACAUCAUACGCAACUGCUCACAUCAAAGGGCACCUGUACGUGAUGGUUAUUUGACCCUUUUCAAGUAUCUGCCAAGAUCAUUGGGUGUGCAGUUCCAAAACUACUUACAGCAAGUGCUACCAGCCAUCUUAGAUGGUCUUGCGGAUGAAAACGAAUCUGUACGUGAGGCUGCACUUGGAGCUGGACACAUACUGGUGGAGCAUUAUGCUACAACGUCACUGCCUUUGCUUCUGCCAGCUGUAGAAGACGGGAUAUUUAACGAUAACUGGCGAAUCCGUCAAAGUUCUGUGGAACUUUUGGGUGAUCUUUUAUUUAAGGUUGCUGGGACUUCUGGAAAAGCACUUCUUGAAGGUGGCAGUGAUGAUGAAGGUGCCAGUACUGAAGCACAAGGGCGUGCAAUCAUUGAGGUUCUUGGCAGAGAGAAGCGUAAUGAAGUGCUCGCUGCACUAUAUAUGGUUCGAACAGAUGUCAGCCUCUCAGUUCGCCAGGCUGCCUUACAUGUGUGGAAGACUAUAGUUGUAAAUACUCCUAAGACUCUCAAGGAGAUAAUGCCAGUCUUGAUGAAUACCCUUAUCAGUUCCCUUGCUUCAUCAUCCUCAGAAAGGCGACAGGUUGCUGGAAGAGCAUUGGGUGAGCUUGUGCGAAAGCUCGGGGAGAGAGUGCUUCCCUUGGUUAUUCCUAUAUUAUCUAAAGGCUUGAAGGACCCUGAUUCUAGCAGACGACAAGGUGUCUGCAUUGGACUGAGUGAAGUGAUGGCUAGUGCUGGUAGGAGCCAGUUGUUAAGUUUCAUGGACGAUCUUAUUCCCACCAUUCGUACAGCUCUUUGUGAUAGUGAGGUUGAGGUUCGUGAAUCUGCAGGGCUUGCGUUUAGCACUCUGUACAAGAGUGCGGGAAUGCAAGCAAUUGAUGAAAUUGUCCCAACACUCCUCCGUGCUUUGGAAGAUGAUGACAUGGCAGAUACUGCCCUUGAUGGCCUUAAACAAAUUUUGAGUGUCCGAACAGCAGCUGUGUUGCCUCAUAUAUUGCCAAAGCUUGUUCAUCUCCCUCUCUCUGCUUUCAAUGCACAUGCUAUAGGAGCUGUUGCGGAGGUUGCAGGUGCUGGUUUAAAUGUCCAUCUUUCAACAGUUCUUCCUGCUUUGCUCUCUGCAAUGGGAGAUGAUGAUCAUGCGGAGGUCCAAAAUCUUGCAAAGAAGGCUGCAGAAACUGUGGUGUUGGUAAUUGAUGAUGAAGGGACUGAGUAUUUGAUAUCAGAACUUCUCAAGGGGGUUGGAGAUAACCAGGCUUCAACUAGGCGCAGUUCUGCAUAUCUACUUGGAUACUUUUUCAAAAACAGUAAAUUGUAUCUGGUGGAUGAAGCUCCAAAUAUGAUAUCCACCUUGAUCAUUUUACUAAGUGACACAGACUCUGCCACUGUAUCGGCUGCCUGGGAAGCACUUUCUAGAGUUGUUGGUUCAGUCCCGAAAGAAGUUCUCCCAUCAUAUAUAAAAUUAGUUCGUGAUGCUGUAUCCACAUCUAGAGACAAGGAACGUAGAAAGAAGAAGGGUGGGCCAAUUGUUAUACCUGGGUUAUGUCUCCCAAAGGCUCUUCAACCAUUGCUUCCCAUAUACCUUCAGGGCCUAAUAAGUGGGUCUGCAGAAUUGAGAGAACAGGCUGCUCAAGGUCUUGGAGAAUUAAUUGAAGUAACAAGUGAAAAAGCACUCAAGGAGUUUGUUAUCCCUAUUACAGGGCCUCUGAUCCGAAUUAUAGGCGAUCGAUUCCCAUGGCAAGUGAAAAGUGCUAUUUUGUCAACUUUGACCAUCAUAAUAGCAAAAGGAGGGAUGGCUCUUAAACCUUUUCUCCCUCAGCUACAAACCACCUUUGUCAAAUGCUUGCAGGACAACACAAGGACUGUUCGUUCAAGUGCUGCUCUCGCACUUGGUAAGCUUAGUGCACUAAGCACAAGAGUUGAUCCCCUAGUUGGGGAUCUUCUAUCCAACCUACAGGCAUCAGAAGGUGGGGUCCGCGAGGCAAUACUGGUCGCCCUAAAAGGCGUUGUCAAGCAUGCUGGAAAGAGUGUUAGUGGUCCUGUUAAGACUCGUGUUUUCGAUCUCUUACAGGAGUUGAUAUACAACGAUGAUGACCAAAUACGAAGCUCUUCAGCAAGAAUUCUAGGCAUCAUAUCAGAGUAUUUGGAAGACGAUCAAAUUUCUGAAUUACUAGAGGAACUCCCGGAAAAUGCUUCAUCGCCUACCUGGACCACUAGGCAUGGGUCACUUCUUACAAUCUCAUCCAUGCUAAGACACAUUCCUACUGUAAUAUCAGCAUCUCCAUCAUUCACAGUAGUUACAGACUGCCUCAAAAAUAGCUUGACCGAUGAAAAGUUUCCUGUUCGUGAAACGUCAACUAAAGCAUUAGGAAGGCUUUUACUUCAUCAAAUUCAAAAGGAUCCAUCCAAUUCAAAUGCACACAAGGCCACUCUUGUCUCCAUUGCUUCUGCCAUGCAGGAUGAUUCCAGUGAAGUCAGAAGGAGGGCAUUGUUUGCACUUAAAGCAGUUGCAAAAGCAAACCCUAGCAUAAUAACAAUCCAUGUUACUGUAUAUGGUCCUGUGCUUGCUGAAUGUUUAAAAGAUGGAAGCACACCCGUGAGACUCGCAGCUGAAAGAUGUGCCUUGCAUGCCCUUCAGUUAACAAAAGGGACUGAAAAUGUUCAAGCAGCUCAAAAAUAUAUUACUGGCUUAGAUGCAAGACGGAUAUCAAAGCUUUCUGAAUACAGUGAUGAUAGCGAUGACAGUGAGGAUGACUCAGCAAGUGGUUGAUAUUUGAUAAUGUGUGUAGAUUCUAAGGUGGUUUUGGUGUUGAUUUAUAGGGUAAAAGUUUUCCAAAGGCUCAAUGAGAGGUUCUUAUCUACAUUUUUGUAUCCAUAGGAUAAACUACAUGCAUUUAUUUAUUAUAGAAUAUAAAGAAAUCAAGUACCCAUUUUUUUCAAAUGGGUUCGCAGCUGCUACUUGUGAGUUGUAAUUUUGACAAGUUUUUAUUUAUAUGAAUGUCGUGAUUAAUGGAAA